CGGGGCGGCGGCGGGGCCGGGGAAUGGGAGCGCGGCGGGACCUUCCUGUUCCCGGCCUCGGCUGAUCUCGGGGUGACCCCCCCCCCGCCCCCAAACAUCGCCCCCCGCACCGCAACAACCCCCCCGCACCCAAACAUCCCCCCCCCCCGCCAUCACCAGCGCCUCCCGACCCCCCAAAACAGCGGCCGCCCCCCCGCGCGACCCCCGGGGAAGGAGCCCAGGACCCCCCUUCCCAUGGAGCAGGAUGAGCCCGGAGUGCUGGAGCUGCAGGACUCGGACGAGGGAGACGUGGUGCGGAGGGUGUACAUCGCUGACGAUGGCAUCGUGAGCGACUGCGAGGACGAGGUUCUGCCCCACGAGAUCAUCCAGACCGUGAUCCCGCACAGCCCGGUGUCCUCCAAGAGCAAGAAACGGGGCGGGCAACUCAAUUCUGGAGCCGCCACAUCAGCCGGGGCGGGAGGAGGAGGAGGAGGAGGAGGAGUCGGUUACGAAGAAGAGGAAGGAGAAAGCAUCGGGGGGAGGCACCGGGGUGGUCGCCAACGCCCCUUUAUCUGUAACGAAUGCGGGAAGAGCUUCAGCCACUGGUCGAAGCUGCUGCGGCACCAGCGGACUCACACCGGGGAGCGGCCCAGCACGUGCGGGGAGUGCGGGAAGAGCUUCAGCCAAAACUCCCACCUGGUCCAGCACCGGCGGACACACACGGGAGAGAAACCCUACCGCUGCGGGGACUGCGGCAAGAGCUUCAGCUGGAGCUCCAACCUCAUCCAGCACCAGCGCAUCCACACCGGGGAGAAGCCCUACAGCUGCGGGCAGUGCGGGAAGAGCUUCACGCAGAGCAAGAACCUCAUCAAACACCAGCGCACCCACUCGGGCGGCCGCCCCCACCGCGCCUGUGCGCAGAGCAACGCGAUGCUCAAGCGCCAGAGGGGGCGCCAGGGCUGCGGGGGAUGCGGGCAGGGGGAGGAGCUGCAGGGCCACAGGGGGCACGGCCAUGAGCCCUUCAUCUGCGUGGAGUGCGGGGAGAGCUUCGCCCGCAGCGCCACGCUCCAGAGGCACAAGAGGGUGCACAAGCCGCUGUUUGUGCGCUGA